UCCAGCCGUCAUUGUCCUUCUCCCUCAGCAGCUCCUCCCCGCAUGUCUCUGCAACAUACCGCACUACCUCCAAGUGCCCUCCCGCACUCGCCGCAUGAGGGCAUGUCCAGCCGUCAUUGGCCUUCUCCCUCAGCAGCUCCUCCCCGCAUGUCUCUACAGCAUACCGCACUACCUCCAAGUGCCCUCCCGUACUCGCCUCAUGCGCGCACGUCCAGCCGUCAUUGGCCUUCUCCCUCAGCAGCUCCUCCCCGCAUGUCUCUACAGCAUACCGCACUACCUCCAAGUGACCUCCCUCACUCGCCUAGUGCGCGCAUGUCCUGCCGUCAUUGGACUUCUCCCUCAGCAGCUCCUCCCCGCAUGUCUCUACAGCAUACCGCACUACCUCCAAGUGCCCUCCCGCACUCGCAUAGUGUGCGCAUGUCCAGCCGUCAUUGGCCUUCGCUCUCAGCAGCUCCUCCCCGCAUGUCUCUGCAACAUACCGCAGCACCUCCAAGUGCCCUCUCUGACUGCCCA